GUUUUGUUUUAUCGUCUCAAUAUUCGAUUCUUUAUUCUCAAUAUUUGAUCUAAUUAAAGCCACUUUACCGCUUCAUCAACUUAUUGCACCAAGUAAAAGUCGAAGAAGAAAGCAUAUUCCAAAACCUCAAAAUAAAGCAGCCAAAAAUUGGGUAAAAGAAAGUAAUGAGGUUAAGCAACUUUACGAAUUAUUAGCAGAUUGCACGAAACAAGUUCAUAAUAUUGUAUAUCCUAAUUACAGUUAUAAGCCAAAGUAUAAAUCAUUUCCACUGAAUAGAGUAUCACAGGACAUAAUUUGUGAAUGCCCUUCUUCAAAAAAUUUACAUAUUCAAACAAAAAAAUCUUUGAUUCUUGAUAAAAAAGAAAUUGAAAUUAAACAUCUAAGAGAUGCUUAUAAAAUCACUAUUUAUGGCUCAAAAACGAAAAUUCAUAUUUCUGACUGCUUAAAUAGUAAAAAUGCCGAAAAUUCUUCAAAUGAAUAUGGGACUACAUUCUUAAAGUAUAAAAAAUCAACUUUAUCAUUAAAUGAAUUUAACGACAAAGACCCUGAAGAGUCAUUAAAUGAAUUUAACAACAAAUAUUUUGAUCAUGACCAUUCACGUGAAUAUGGGACCUCAAUCUUAAAGAAUAAUGAACCAAGUUCAUCAUUAAAUGAAUUUAACGACGAAGACUUUGAAGAGCAACUGAGUUUAUUAAGUCAAAUUUUAAAUAAAUUUAACGACAAAGAUUCUGAGGAAGUCUGGAUUCAUAUCAAUUCAAUAUUAGAAAGAAUUUUUGGUUAUGAGAACAUCUUAAAAUCAUCAAAUAACGAGCAUAGAAUAUAUUUAAAACUGAUAUUCGAGCUGCAAAAUUGUGAAUUGUUGAAACCCUACAAAGAACUCAUUGAACUUUGUGUUAGUAAAGCGAAAAACAUAUUUGGUACUUUAAAGGAUGAUCAAACUCUUCUAUCAUCUCAAAAAGUAACACCUACAAAAAAAAUUAGCUCAGAAAAUGAUAAAUAUAAAAAAGUCACUGAUAAGUUAAGAGAAAAAAUAAAUACUUCUGUUAACGAUAUAAUUGAGCCCAACGUUGAUAAAGAAUCAAAUAUUGAGAAUAAAGAAUCGAAUAUUGAGACGAUAAAACAAAACCUA